AUGGCGGCGACCGUAACGCUGGAGCCCGCGGGCCGUUGCUGCUGGGACGAGCCGGUGCGCAUCGCUGUGCGCGGCCUGGCCCCAGAGCAGCCGGUCACGCUGCGCGCGUCCCUGCGCGACGAGAAGGGCGCGCUCUUCAGGGCCCACGCGCGCUACUGCGCCGACGCCGACGGCCAGCUGGACCUGGCGCGCGCGCCCGCGCUGGGCGGCAGCUUCGUGGGGCUCGAGCCCAUGGGGCUCUUCUGGGCUCUGGAGCCCGAGAAGCCUUUGCUACGGCUGGUGAAGCGGGACGUGCAGACGCCCUUCGCCGUGGAGCUGGAGGUGUUCGAGGGCCACGAGCCCGAGGGCGGGCGGCUCCUGGGCCGGGCUGUGCACGAGCGCGACUUCCUGCCGCCCGGGGUUCGGCGCGAGCCGGUGCGCGCGGGCCGGGUGCGCGCCACGCUUUUCCUGCCUCCAGACACAGGACCCUUCCCUGGAAUCAUCGAUCUGUUUGGAAGUGGUGGUGGCCUUUGUGAAUACAGGGCCAGCCUCCUGGCCGGACGUGGUUUUGCUGUGCUUGCUCUGGCUUAUUUUAGAUUUGAAGACCUCCCUGAAUAUUUGAAUGAUGUGAGCCUGGACUACUUUGAAGAAGCUGUGGACUUUAUGCUACAGCAUUCGAAGGUGAAAGGCCCUAGUGUUGGACUUCUUGGCUUCUCCAAAGGAGGUGACCUGUGCCUCUCAAUGGCCUCUUUCUUGAAGGGCAUCACAGCCACUGUAGUUAUCAAUGCCUGUGUGGCCAACACAAUAGCUCCUCUGCGUUAUAAGGAUAUGAUUAUUCCUCAUCUCAGCAGUGACCCGGGGAAAUAUACAAUCACUGAGUCAGGCUUUUUAAAUUUGAUGGAUAUUUGGAACAAUCCACUGGAGAAACCCAACCAACAAAGUCUUAUUCCAUUGGAGAAGGCCCAGGGCCCCUUCCUGUUUAUUGUUGGCAUGGAUGAUCAUAACUGGAAGAGUGAAUUCUAUGCUCAUGUAGCCUCUGAACGGUUACAAGCUCAUGGGAAAGACAGACCCCAGAUAAUCUACUACCCAGGAACUGGUCAUUGCAUUGACCCACCUUAUUUUCCUCUUUGUAGAGCCUCUGUGCAUGCAGUUUUGGACCAACCGAUCUUCUAUGGAGGUGAGCCAAAGGCUCACUCAAGGGCACAGGUAGAUGCAUGGCAGCAAAUCCAAACUUUCUUCCAUAAACAUCUCAAUGGUAAAAAAUCUGUCAAGCCCAGCAAAUUGUAACAUUGUAACCAUAAACCAUAUACUAUUAAUAAAAAUCGUACUCAUAAAACAUGAA